AUGGCUAUGCAAGAGGCUCUCCUCGAACAAAAAGCCCAAAUCAAAUGGUUUGAUGAGGGAGAUAGCAAUACAAGGUAUUUUCAUAAUGUGAUCAAAGACAGAAGAAGAAGACUGCAGCUUCACAGAAUCAAGAAUAAAGGGAAAUGGUUACACUCUGAUGAGAAGAUCUCCAAUUCGGCUAUUAGACAUUUUAAGAGGAUCUUCAACCUACCUGAACCUGCUGUGGAUGACAACAUUUUCUCCUGCAUUCCUAAAAUUAUCACUGAUGGCGAUAACGUUAUGUUGUCUAAGAUACCAAUAGAAAAAGAGAUUAAAGAUGCUAUUUUUGACAUGAGCUCCACUAGUAGUGCUGGGCCUGAUGGAUUCAAUGGCACGUUCUACCAAAAAUGCUGGGAGAUUAUAAAGGUGGAUGUGAUUAACUUUGUUCAAAGCUUUUUCUAUGGUAGUGGCCUUACUAAAUUCUACUCUCAUUCUUGUUUGGCCUUAAUUCCUAAAGUUAACUCUCCCUCCAAUUUUUCAGAGCUUAGACCCAUCAGUUUAAGCAACUUUUCUAACAAAAUCAUUUCCAAAAUUUUGGCUAGAAAACUGAACCCCUUGUUGCCCAAAUUGAUUUCGUAUAAUCAAAGUGGUUUCGUUAAGGGCAGGCUCAUUACUGAUAAUAUUUUGUUGGCUCAAGAAAUUGUUCAUGACAUUGCUAAAACCAACAAGGGAGGAAACAUUGUCAUCAAGUUGGACAUGGCAAAAGCCUAUGAUAGGCUUUCGUGGAAACUUCUUAUAGGUGUUAUUAAAAGUUUUGGUUUUUCAGAAUGGUGGACCAUGGAGACUGAUUUCCCAGGUUUGGUAUUCCAUCAUUAUCAAUGCCUUUACGAGCACCCUAACUUUAUCCCUUUCACCAUGAGUAAAAGAGGUCCCCAGAUAAAUCACCUUGCGUAUGCCGAUGACAUUGUCAUUUUCAGCGCUGGAAAGAGCAAAGUGAUUAAGCUUAUUAUGAAGAAAAAGAUAAAGUACUUUGAUGAUCUCGUUUCUAGGAUCACUAGAAAGCUUUCGGGUUGGUCUGGGAAAUGCCUUUCCUACGGGGGAAAAGUUACUCUCAUCAAAAGUGUGCUCCAAGCCAUCCCCACCUACACCCUCGCAACCCUAACUCCUCCCAAAGGUACUUUGCAACUCAUUGAAAAACACUUGGCUAAUUUCUUUUGGGGGUCCGAAGGGGACAAAAAUAAGUACCAUUGGAGGGCUUGGGACAAAUUAUGUUUAAAUAAGGGUGAAGGCGGGAUUGGAGUCAAACUUCUCCAAGAGAUCAAAGAUUGUUUCACGUGCAAAAGAUGGUGGAGUCUAAGGACUCAAUCAUCUCUUUGGGUAGAUUUUGUCUUGGCUAAGUAUUGUACCAGAGUGCAUCGUGUGGCUAAAUCCAUUAAUGCUCCUCAAUCUCCUAACUGGAAGAAGAUGAUGAAAAUCAGAGAUAAGAUAGAGGUCAAGAAUUAUAUCGAAGAUGGGAGAUGGCAAGCUGAUAAGCUUCAUGAUUGCAUUCCUAGUCAUCUGGUCCAACACAUUUUGAAAAUCCACAUUGGAAAUAGUAACGAGGAAGACUAUGUUGUAUGGGAAUCGGAAGCAGAUGCGAAUUUCUCUACAAAAACGCUUGGGAGAUGGGUGAAGCCGGAUACUAACAAAGUCAAGCUUAAUACGGAUGGUAGCUUCUCUAGCAAUGGAGCAGGUAUUGGAGGCAUUUUAAGAAGCUCUGAGAGGAACAUGGUUAUGGCGUUUGUUGUCCCUGUUGACUGUAAUAGCAGCUCGAUGGCAGAAGCCUAUGCAGUUAAACACGACAUGCAAUGGUGCUUGCAGAACGGGAGCAAUAACAUUGUCUUGGAAUUGGAUUCUCUUAUGAUAGUUGAGAUGCUACAGCAUAAGUGCACUAACAAUCUAAAAUUCAAAGGUAUUAUUGAGGAGAUCAUGAGUACGAUAAGUCGGAUGGAUUGCAGCAUUGAACACUGUUAUAGAGAAGCUAAUCAAGUAACGGAUGGGCUUGCUAAGUAUGCUUCUAAGAGGGUGGAUAAUCACAUAUUCACUAAUUGGCAUCAGCUCCCUACCGCUGCGAGAAGUGCAUAUCAACUGGACAAAGGCCAACUUCCUAGCAUUAGGAUUAGAUAUGAUAAGGCUAAUUUUUUUGUAAGCUAA